CACGACGAACGCCACAAUGUCCCGAUUUAUGCUAUGUUUCCAUUUUUUGUGUGUGCUUUUAUUUUAAAUGCUGUCACUCUCUUUUAGCGAACGUUUAAUUGUCAUUACACUGAACAUUUCUCUUUCAGAUUGGUGUUAUCUACGUAAUCACGUUAUUUCUAGCGGUCUUUCCCUCUCAUAGAAAAAAUAAAAACAGAGAAAACUGUCAACAGGGCAUUAAGGAGUGAAUGUACAACCACGGCUGAAUAAAGGCUAGUGAUAUUUAAAAGCAGAGAAUUGUAUCGUCCGCUUAUUCUCUAUUCUGCCUAAUAAUAUUACUCCAGCUCGGUUUAUAGAUUACGAGGACUGUCUAAUAUAUGUUUGCGUUAUGUCUUGUAUUCUUCAUUUAAAUGGCCUCUAGUCCCAAAAGACCCUCUCUGGGGGCAGUAGCUCCUCGUAAGAAAGCCAAUCUAAAGUCUGAACUGACAGAAGAGCAAAAACAGGAGAUCCGAGAGGCGUUUGAGCUCUUCGACACCGAUGCUUCUGGUUAUAUUGAGGUGAAGGAGUUAAAGGUGGCCAUGAGAGCGCUGGGCUUUGAGCCUAAAAAGGAGGAAAUCAAGAAAAUGAUCGCAGAGGUUGAUAAGGAUGCUACUGGAAAGAUCUCUUUCGGUGAUUUUAUGACAGUGAUGACCCAAAAAAUGGCUGAAAAGGACUCCAAGGAAGAAAUUCUUAAGGCCUUUCGGCUGUUUGACGAUGACGAGACUGGAAAGAUAUCCUUCAGGAAUCUAAAGCGAGUGGCCAAAGAGCUUGGGGAAAACCUGACCGACGAGGAGCUGCAGGAAAUGAUCGAUGAAGCAGACCGAGAUGGUGAUGGAGAAGUUAACCAGCAGGAGUUUCUUCGCAUCAUGAAGAAAACGAGUUUGUACUGAAUGUUGUCAGAAGCACAUGUGAAAUAUUCAUUUCUGUUUUAUUUAUUUUUUUAUGAUUUUGCUGUUUUAUGCACCGUACCAUUCCAAAACCGUGAUGCCUGUCAGCCCCAUCGGUGGAUUCAGAUCCGUGUGGGUUUGCCAAACAGCCAAACGUCGAUUGUUUACACUCUAUAUUCUCAAGACUUAUCAGUCCAAAUAUAAACAGUAGCACAGGCUUGUAGUUAAUGCAUCAUAUAUGCAUGCACUGAAAUAUUGUGUGACUUUGUCAUAAUAUGGGUAAAUCUCACUUAGAAAGCAAAUGUUUUAGCGGCAGAUUUCAAAAUAAAUAAUAAAAAAAGCUUAUUUGGAUUGUGACAUUUUCAUGACAAC